CGGCGGGCGGGAGCGGCGCUCAGUCGCGCUGAGCCGGCGGGCAGUGGAGGCGGCCGGGGAGCCCGGAGCAGGUACUUCCCUCAGCAUUCCUUCCUGGAAACCAUCCCUUUAACUCUGUGUGAGAGAACAAACUGCAGCUUUAUUGCGGCUAUUUGACAUCUGAGUUCUGCAGGUUGCAUCUUGAUACCUUCCUGACAUUCUAAUGGAUACAGUAUCUUGCAUUACUCCUGGAUUUGAGAAGUGAAGGAUAAACGUGAUUGUGUAGUGACUUGGUAUACCUGCACUGAGAUGGCAAAAUGAAAGAAUCUAGAAUACAUCCUUUAUGUCACUGAACAGCCUUUGAAUUCAAGAUCAGUUCCCGGUUUUUAAAACACUCAGACCAAAAUGUCAGAACCUGCCCCUUCAUCUGGGUUUGUAGGAAACAUGGAAAAUGGGACUUUUCUAGAGCUAUAUCCCACAUCCUUGUCAACUUCAGUGGAUUCAUCGUCUGGCCGUUUAUCAAAUGUCUAUGUCUAUGUUUCUAUAUUUCUCAGUCUCUUAGCUUUUCUUCUGCUGCUAUUGAUUAUUGCACUUCAGAGGCUGAAAAACAUAAUCUCUUCCAGUUCUUCCUACCCAGAAUAUACUAGUGAAGCUGGAAGUUCUUUCACUAACUUAGAAGUUUGUAGCAUUUCUUCCCAGCGGUCUGCUUUCUCAAACCUGUCUUCAUGAAAAUAAAAGAAAGGGAAUACAUUGGAAAUGGAAGAGCUGUGUCUAGCUUCUUGGCGAACUAGUGCAUGCAACAUUUGCCUUUUGAGGACUAUUAAUCAUGAAAGAGGUGAUUUUUAAAGUUCUCUUUGAUUUCUUUCCCUUUUUAGUCUCCAUUUCCCCUUUUAUUAACAGUGCUUUUCACCUUGGAGCAUGGAAAAUGGCACAAUCCAUAGCUUCAUAUCUGUAAUAGUGAUGCUGUCUUUUUCUUUCACUUGUGCACACACAGACUUCCUGCCAAAUUUGAAUAUGGUUCAGGUUUAUGUAUCAGGCUUUUUUUGUAUAGUCUUGUCUGCUUUUCAUUAGUAUCAUUGACAUUUAACUGGAUAUAGGAUCCUGGAUGACAUCCCUGUCACAAAAAUGCCACCAAAACAAAUUGAUGUAGGAAUUAUGUCAUUGGCUAAUUUAGAGUUUUUGAGUGCUUAAUUUUUUUAAUGUAAUUUUAGUUUUGUUUUUUUUUAAUUACAUUUUUUUUUAAACUACUUUUAUUUGUUUAUACCUGUCCAUUGACUCUUUAUGAACCCUCUGCUGGUCACACUUAAUGCACAUCAACAUAUUUGCUUAAUUUAAUAUUAGUAAGUGUCUAGAAUAAAUAUGUAGUAUUGGAGUGAUGUUGUAGUCAUGUUGGUCCAGAAAAUAUGUAAGAGGCAAGGAUUGUUUUACCUUUUUAUUGGACCAAAUGUAUAUCUAGGAUAGGCUUAGACAAGUGUUCAAAAUGUGAGGCAAUUCAUUGACCUGAAGAAUGAAUUUGAAAUCUUGUCUAAAUGUAUCCCACCCAUGCAGUUGGUUCAGUAAAAGAUAUCACCCACAAAAAUCGUUGCCUCUAAAAUAAAUAUGCUCAUUUGUGAAUUUAUACAGGUUUUUCUGGACCCUUUUACAUACAGCUUGCCGAAGUUUAACUGUUUCUCUGAAAGAAAGUUCAGCCUCUGAAUCACAAAUAUAGCACCCAUUCUCUUUAUACUUUCAUGCAACUAUUGUUAAUGGAGUCAGCUUCUAACUUCUUCAACAGUGUAACUGUCGAUACCACCAUUGGCAGCUGAAUUACACCAUUGUAGACAUGAGGAGUUCUUCCACAAAGUCCCACGGGGGGGUCCAAGAGGCAACUUAUGCUAGUAAGAACUAACAGAGGAUGCUUCUGUUAAGCAUUUAGGUGCACAGUGUAGUAGUGGCAUAGAGAUAAUCCUACAGUGGCCUGUGAAUUCAAAAGCCGCCCAGUACUCUUAACCACAGUCAGGGCUAUGUUCAAACAGGCAUGACACAACCGCUUGUGAGUAAGGCUUUUCAAGACUAAUUGCUACCUAGAGAACAGGGCCAUAAACACUUCAAUAAUUGGUAUUUAUCCUCUCAGCAACUGUCUUAUCAUGUCUAAAUUGAAUAUAGUGGCCCCUUUAAUUGAAACAGAGUCCUAUAUUUGGUUACUGUUAUAAAGCAAUUAUUGUUGUUGUAAUGUCGAAUUCUGUGAAGUCUCCAGUACAUCAGAUGCAAGUUAAUUCAAAUUAAAUUGGCAGAGAUACAAAGAAGAAUGCAAAGAUAGAUUUAUUAGGAUUACAGACUCCAAAUUGUUCCUUAUUACUUUAUACCAUUGCUUUAUUAUGUGAUCUGACAGGAAUAUUUUUACACUAAGACUAGAUCUACUCCUACUGAAAUCAGUGGGAGUUUUGCCAUAUAGCAGGAUCCAGGUGCCUUAAAGAGCCAGGGGAAGAAUGGAGGGGGGGGGUCAUCACUGGUUUUUACCAUCAAAGAUGCACUUGUGACCUAUAACUAAAGGUUUUCAAAGGGCCAAAGAUAUUACUGUUCCCUUUGCACAUUGUUGGUCUCGGACUACAGGGUCCCAAGUUCUGUUUGCAAAAUACCAGCCCCCUCAAUUUCCAGUGAAACCAUGUCUUGUCUUUCAAAUGGUAAUUGGCACUUUAAACAAUUAAGCCUUGCAUUAUUUGGCCAACAUGUCUUGAUAGUUAAAUUUCUCUUGGUAUAUUACAGCCUAGGGUGGUAAAAAACAUUUCCUCCCUCCGGGUUAGCAGUUUAUUUACAGGAAGGGUGCAUCUGUGAGUGUCUAAGCUUAAUUCAACUCUACAAAAUUCAGGUUUUUACAGUCUAGUAUAAAGGUAGUAAUGAAAAAACACCACUGAUCAGUGCCAAGCAAAUACAGAUUAAGUUUCAGUUGUUUUUUCACAACUUUUAACAGUUAACCUAAUUAUAUGAAAACGUGAUAAAUUUCAGUGUUGAGCAGCUUCUUACAAGAAGCAAAGUAUUACUGAGUGAUAAAGAACUUAAGCCAACAGGAUUUCCAAUCCAGUGUGGUUUUACAAAUAUAUUUAGUCUCUUGACUACAGGCAGUCCUCUGACUUAAGACACAAUUGGUUCUUGAGAACCAUGUCAAGUCGAAACAUUGCAACUCAGAACCAAUUUUCCCAUAGGAAACAAUGUAAUAAAUGAGGGAUUAGUUCCUGAACCAAGGCCUGAUACCCUAUUUUCACCAAAAACAACCCAGAAUUUUGUACUCAAUCAAUUAUAGAUGAGUAAUACAGCUACAUUAACAUAUUUAUAUUGUAAAUAGCAAUCAUAUUGAUUUGGAAGGACUUCAUUGAGGUGACUUUGGACUUUUUGAAGGGCUCCUGGCUGGAGUCUUCUCAAGAGUCUUGGCUGCAGGUUUUUCUGGAGUCUUGUCUGCUUUCUUAAAGAAAGUGUCCAAGGAAGUUUGGACAGGCGGGAAAUGGGCGACGCAGUGAACUUAUUUGCUGGAGUGGUGUGGUGUUGGAUCAAGCAUUGUAAAGUCGAAACUGACAUCAGAAAAUUGAAACAGGAUGUUAAGUUAGAAAUGUAAGUGCAAAACGUUGUAACUCAAAACAUUUUAAGUUGAGGACUGCCUGUAUUUCAUUCAUCCAGAUAUAUUAGCAUCAAACAGGUUUCACUAGUAAUUGGUAGAAGGGCACGGGGAAAUAGUGUUAUAUAAAGGUAAACAGUGAGCAUUAUUUCCUUUAUAAAGGCUGUUUAGGAUCCCAAAUUGUAACAAUGUAUUUGUGUGUAGACUUAUAAAUACAAAUAAAUAAAAAUGAGAAUUGAAAACUA